ACGCAACGCCAACAACAACGUCCAACAACAAACAAAGCACACGAGUCCCCCCUCUGACCCAUCAAGAUGGCCUCGGAGUCAUCGUCCUCGGCGGCGCCAGCGGCGACCACUCCUGCCAGUGCCGCCGCCGCCGUGGACCCGAGCAAGUUCGACAUCUUGAAGCAGGCCCUCUACGACGCAUGCCGGUCCAAUGGCGACGAGGACAAUCUGUACAGCCAGUACGACCUCCUCGACUUGGGCAUCAUCCCGAACCGGGAUCCGCAGAUGCUGCUCAAGGUUGUCCAGAGUCUUACCAACGACAAGCUCUUGAUCGCCGUGAGUGCGCAGGGUGGGCUAGCAUGGCGAUGGCGGCCCAGGGCUGAAGCAGACAAAUACAAGCUCUGCACAACCGACGAACAACGCAUGGUCUAUGGCGCCAUCGACGAUGCCGGCGCCGACGGCAUCUGGACCAAGACCAUCCAAGGCCGCCUCGGCAUCAACGACGCCGUGAUGAAGACGGCCCUCAAACAGCUGCAAUCCAAGAACCUCAUCGCCCCCUUCAAGAGCGUCGAGCACACCAACAAAAAGAUGUACAUCAAGGCCUCGCUGAGGCCAUCCGAACGCGCCACCGGAGGCCCCUGGUUCACCGACCAGGCCCUCGACGUCGCCUUCAUCGAGGACCUGCAGCGCGUCAUUUUUGAUUACAUCAAGCGCCAGAGCAGCUACUUCCAGAAAGGCCACUCCUCUUCCUCCUUCUCCUCCUCCUCCUCCUCCUCCUCCUCCGCCGCCCGCACCGCCGUGCCCAAGAAGGGCAUCCUCAAGGGCUCCGCCGCCGCUGCUGCGGGGAAGAAGCGGACGGCCGAGCACAUGAGCGGAGACCACGACACCAACAGCCACCACCACCACCACCACCACCACCACCACCGCCCUCACCACAACGCCGACGCCGCCAAGCCAACGACGCCGAAAAACACCUACCUCCCCCUCCCCGCAGGCUACAAAGAGUACCCGACAGUGCGCGACAUGGCGCGCUUCAUCUCCCAAUCCGGCAUCACCACCGAGACCAUCCUAGGCGAGGAGGACGUGCAGAAGUUGAUCGACGUCCUCGUCUUCGACAACCUGAUCGAAGCCGUCCGCGUGGCCGGCCGCGUGGGCUACCGCGUCCGCCGCCACCCAAAGCAGAGCCUCGAGUCGUGGGCCGCGGCGCGCCCGGCCGAAGACGAGGGCGUCGCCCUUCCCGUCGUGGAACGCGGCGCGCCGGAACCGGUGACCAAUGGCUUCACCGAGGCGCCGUGCGGAAGGUGUCCCGUGUUCGAGCUUUGCGAGGAGGGGGGGCCCGUGAGCGCCAGCAACUGCAUAUAUUUCCAACGAUGGUUAGGGUUGGAGGAGUAAAAAGAACAGAAGAAAAAAAGAAGAAGAAGAAAAGAAAAAGAAAAAAAAGAACAAAUGUCUCAUGUCAUGCUGCUAAGGACAGGACAGCAGGGGAAGCGU